UUAUAAAGACACAUAAUUUUUGUUCGCAUUUAUUUUUUGUCUAAUGUGUUUCUUCAUCUAAAUCAUGACCGAAGAUACCGUUGAUACCAUCGACCCAAACGAAUCGAAUGAAGAUUCUGCAGAUGAUGAUAAAGAUAAGAACAUAGAUGAGUUACCCGAAGCUGAAGAGAUACAACCAUCGAUAGAAGACAAACCGAUUCCUGGUGAAGAUACUGCAGGUGAUGAACAGAAACCGGUAGAUCAGUUACCCGAAGCUGAAGAGAUACAACCAUCGGUAGAAGACAAAUUGGAACCGAUUCCUCGGGAAGAUACUGCAGAUGAAGAUCAGAAACCGGUAGAUCAGUUACCCGAAGCUGAAGAGAUACGACGAUCAGCAAAAAUUCAACUGGAACCAGUAGAUGUUACAGAUGAAAAGCACGAAUUGAUUGAGAGUACAAUUGAACCUGUAGAAGCUGCGGUAGUCAAAGAAACGUUUCAAGAAGACAAAACGGUACAAGCUAAUUUUGGAACUGCUAUAUCGAACGCUUUUCUCGAUACAAUGUCAUACCAAGAGAUACAUAAAAAGGUUAUUUUCGCAGAAGGUAGUGAUAAGGACUUAUUCCAAGAUACUGAUGUGAAAUCUAAAGUACCUGAUAUAAAUUUUCCCGAGCGUUACUCAAUUGAAAUCGACGAUAAUGUUUCAGAAGAUAAUCGCCGCAUGAGUGUAGUUAGUGAAAGUGAUAAGAAGAAAAGAAAAAGAAGAAAAUCGAAAUCAAGCACAAAGUCGAUCGUAUCUUAUACGUUAGGAUACAAUUUCAGUGAGAGAUUCAAUGGUCCUAGAGUUACCGAGGGAGUAAAUAUAUCAGAUUCUAAUCCUUGGGACACGCCUACCGUAAUAGAAAAUUUAGAAGCCUCAUCAGCGGAACAAGAAGAAGAGGAGGAAGAAGAAGAAGAAAGUACACUUACCUCAAUAUCAACUGCUUUAGCAUCUAGAUCCUUUUAUUACGAAAAACUUAGACUAGUUUCAAACGAAUUGAAAUAUAGCAGAAUAUUUAAUCAAAUUUUACAAAAAAAAUUAGCUGUUUACUAUAGACAGAAAAAUAUGCUCCACGCAUUCAAAGAAGAUGAAACCGGAAUUGGAAUUGUCAAUAAAUAUCACAUACUGUUGAACAAAUUCGAAGAAGUUUGUAUACACGAUAGAAAAGAAAGAGACAAAAUGUCCCGUCAAUUUACCAUGAUACGCAAUAAAAAGGAAGCAACUAAAAUUAAAUUAGACCAGAUAUUUAAGGACUUUCAGGAUAGGGAGAGGGAAAUCGGGAUUGGUUUGAUUCAUACGAAAACUGGAAACGAAAUACCUGAAAAGUACGUGGAACAUCUUCUCAACCGACAGAAGUUUGCGGCGAAAAAUAUCAGCGAGAUGCGAUUGACUUGGUUGCAGUUGAAGAAUAUGGUAGAAGAAAAAGAAGAAGCCAUAGCGGAUAUCGAUAAAAUCGAUGACAAUCAUACUCUAACCGGUUACGAGAAGUUGAAAGCAGAUUAUUUCAUGCUUUUCGAUAAACUAGAAGAAAGAUUAGGGGAAUUAACGAAAGUCAGAUUUACGAUUCAAAAUACUAUACAGAUGUUGGCGCAUUUUAGAGAGAAAAUAUCUGCGUUGAAUGACGAUAUUAAUGAACUGGGAGAAGAAGAUCAAGAGCUGAAUAGAACUUAUAAUUUAUAUAGAAUGAAGGUAGCGAAUUUGAAGAUGGAAAGAGACUCGUUACGUCGAUCAAUUGUGAAAAUUAAAGAAGAAUCGGGUCUGUUGAUUCACAAUAAUUUAUUGCGGGACAUGGAGAAUUGUAUAGAAGAAGUUAAGCAGUUGAAAAUACAAAUGAAUACAUUAAAGAACGAUUGUAUCACUAAAGCCAAACAGGUGAAAAAUUUAAGGAGUAAAAUUUUGGAGCGAAAUAACUACGGUUUCGAAACAAAACACGUAUGUGGAAAAGAUAGUGUUAAAUGUCGAAAAAAACGGAGUGUGACGAAUUUCCAAAAAACACUCAGUACGUAUAAUACAAAAAUACCUACCGAGGCCUUUGAUUAUAUAAAACAAGAUUUUCAACUCAAAGGUGUUAGGAUAAAGUUUGACGAAGCGCGCGUGUCUUCGGAAAAGUGACAAAAAUAUAAAAGUAAAUUAUAUUUUGUAAGUUUUUUUUUAAUAAAUCGUAUUAAAAACCA